ACACGCUGUCGGUGAACAGUUUGGACAGGUAGUUGACUAAAUCACGUCACAACGGGUCAUGAAUAGAAGUCAAUUGGCGGAAAUUACAUAAGAACACCGCCGUCCAUUCAACUGCUGCGUGUUAUUGAUAAGUCGAGAUUGGUUGAGAUCAAAUUGGUCUUAAGUCGCAUUUUCGGAGUGUGUACGGUAGCAAAUCGAGUGCCAUACGGUUGUCCAAAGUUAUCUCAUCGGGAAAAUUAAUUACUGAAGUUUUAUCAAUUCCGUAGACAGAUAGUCAAUCAAUCAUCGAGAUGGCGGCCACACUUGGACGCAAGCUUAUCGACAGCUUGAAGAGCAAGGAGUUCCGGGAGUACCUGAUGAGCACCCAUUUCUGGGGACCGGUGGCCAACUGGGGUAUUCCUAUUGCGGCCAUUGCCGACUUCAAAAAGGAUCCGAAAAUUAUUUCCGGCACAAUGACCACUGCCCUCUGCCUUUACUCGAUGAUCUUUAUGCGCUUCGCUUGGAAGGUUCAACCACGGAAUAUGCUACUGUUCGCUUGCCAUAUUACUAAUUUCACCGCACAGUCGGUACAGGGUGCUCGCUUCAUCCAGUAUAAUCUGUCCGUGAAGUCCGAAGAAGAGAAAAAGAUCGAAAAAUAACGAAUCACUUUCGUUGGCGUCGUCUUCGUCGUUUUUUUCGUGUGGGAUUGUGGAAUAACUCGAAUGAUUAGUAAAUAGUUUCUUCACACUAGACAAACUGAAAGCCGAGCACAACGUGUUAAUUUGAGGCCGCGCAAAAGACGCUGUUUUUUUCUAGAAGUUAACAAACACGCUUCAAUAAGGUGCUUUUUUUUGUUUAUUUUGCGAUUUUCUGAUGUGUGUUUUGCAAAUUAGAAGUGAUAAAAUUCAUGAUAGAAUUAGAACUAUUGUUACAGUUGGGGAUUUACAUGCACAUUCGUAGUUCAGAAGUAUAAUGUAGGGUACUUGGUUUGACUGUUCCUAGAGUUUGUUAGGACUACAACAGAGUAAAUUACAUCUUUUUAAAAUACCUCGAGAAAUCAUUUCAGCCAAAUAAUACAGGAUAGUAAACAGUAACACUAGCCAUGGACGAGCUCAAUUAAUGUUUAAACUGGAUAGCGACCCAUUUAUUAUCAGUAUUCUAGCGUAGCGCUUGAUACCUUGAUACACCAAUCCGUAAGCGUAAAAGGCUACUGAAAAAUGUUGGUCUUCUAUUCACUUCUAAGUACAGAUAGCCCCAUAUCAUAACUUUUUUUUGUACAUUUCAUAUAAACAAAUUAACCCGAUUAAUAAUUUAGCGUGUCUGUCGGAAUCAGCCCAACCAAGAACAAAUACGAGACGAAUCGUACCUGCAAACGAAUCGGGGUAGCAUUAUUGUUGGACGAUAGUUUAUAUAUUUCAAAUUGUAUGGUUGUUUUUACAAUAAAAGACAAAAAUGAACAUAA